ACGUGUGUUGCUGCUCUCUGUAUCAAGUAUUUACACGACCAGUGUCUCAGUGCAUACAAUUGAUGUUUACGAAACCUAGCAAAGUAGCUACCCUUACUUAGUUAUAUAUACGUAUUUAGCAGAGUGUGUCUACUAGGAAACAUCUGUUGGCGCAACUUAUAGGUCUUCAGAUUUUCGUUGAUUGUGAUUGUCUAAAAUCUACUCGUUUUCUUCGCUGAGCUAUUCGAGGAGAAAAUUCGAUACACGAGUUAUUAGAACCCUGGUUUAGUCAGUACCAAACAUCCACCGGUAGAAUAAGGAAGAAAAAAAUGACAGUAAAUCACAUUCUCUGGUUUCGUCAUGGGCUCAGAUUACAUGACAAUCCAAGUUUACUCGAGGCCCUACGCUCUGAUUGUGGCGAUGUAACGGAACCGGUUCGGAUAUUUCCGAUUUUUAUUUUCGAUGGCGAAAGUGCAGGUACAAAGCUCGUUGGGUACAAUCGUAUGAAAUAUUUACUGGAGUCCUUGGCCGAUCUGGAUCGACAGCUACGAGAAAUUGGAGGGCAACUGUACAUGUUACGAGGUAACGCGGUUAACGUGAUGCGACGCCUGUUUGAAGAGCUAAACAUUCGAAAGCUUUGCUUCGAACAAGACUGUGAACCUAUCUGGAAGGAGCGGGAUGAAAAUAUCAAGAACCUUUGCAAGACCAUGGAUGUUCGGUGUGUAGAGAAAGUGUCCCAUACGCUGUGGGAUCCCGAGCAAGUGAUCAAAGUUAACGGUGGCAUUCCACCGCUAACAUAUCAAAUGUUCUUGCACACGGUCAACAUAAUUGGUAAACCACCUCGGCCGGUUUCGGCUCCUAGUUUUGAGUUUUGCGAAUUUGGAAAGAUACCGGCAAUUUUAGCUACCGAACUAAAAUUGUUUCCGACAAACCCUACUCCGGAGGACUUUGGCAUCUACUAUGAAGGUAAUCCGGAUAUCUCGCAUCUAAGGUGGUUAGGUGGAGAAACGAAAUCACUUGAGUCACUCAGCCGUCGACUGAGCCAGGAAGAAGAAGCGUUUCGCGAUGGAUAUUAUUUACCCAACCAGGCUAAACCAGAGUUUGUGGGUCCACCAACAUCACUGAGUGCUGCGUUGCGCUUUGGGUGUUUGUCAGUACGGAUGUUCUAUUGGUGUGUACACGAUUUAUUCGAAAAGGUGCAAGCUAACAGUGCAUUCCAAUAUCCCGGAGGCCAUCAUAUUACCGGACAGCUAAUCUGGCGUGAGUACUUUUAUACUAUGUCGAUGAACAAUCCAAAAUAUGCCGAAAUGGAAGCGAACCCAAUCUGCCUUAACAUUCCGUGGUAUGAACCUAAGGACGAUUCACUGCAACGCUGGAAGGAAGGACGCACCGGAUAUCCAAUGAUCGAUGCGGCUAUGCGACAAUUGUUAGCCGAAGGCUGGCUGCAUCAUAUUUUGAGAAAUAUCACUGCAACAUUUCUGACUCGUGGUGCAUUGUGGAUUAGCUGGGAGGCUGGCUUAGAAUAUUUUUUGAAGCACCUACUAGAUGCCGAUUGGUCCGUAUGUGCCGGUAACUGGAUGUGGGUUUCUUCAUCGGCUUUCGAAAAGCUGCUCGACUCAUCCUCAUGUACCUCUCCUAUAGUAUUAGCCCGACGGUUAGAUCCAAAGGGAGAAUACGUUAAACGCUAUCUACCAGAGCUUAGAAAAUUUCCCACUAUUUACGUUCACGAACCGUGGAAAGCACCCCUGAAAAUACAGCAAGAAUGUGGAUGCAUCAUUGGCACGGACUACCCUUCGCCAAUGAUCGACCUGGUAGAGGCAGGUAAACGUAAUGCGAACACCAUGAAGUCAAUUCGUCAGAAACUGAUGGAGCGCGGAUCGACACCUCCGCACUGUCGUCCCUCAAAUAUGGACGAAAUUCGCCAAUUUUUCUGGUUGCCUGAAGAUGUAGUCACCGAUUGUUAGGCAACCAAUUGACGCCUCCUGCUGAGAAAAUCACAUGACAGAGCAUAUAAGAGUUCGGAAGGGAUACCGGUAGCUAUUGUUUUAUGCCAGCUGCAUUGAGAGCAUGAAUUACAAGCCACGUUUCAAACGGUACCCCUAUCGUAUUAAAUGAGAUAAAUAUAGUCAAUACCAUUCCAAAACAUCAUGAACAUUUCGUCUGUUGUAUUUUAAAUCUAAUUUAUAUUUCAUACCUAAUCUAAUUAUAAAUGCGACCUUGUAGCUUCAAAUUUUUAGUGUAAUAAUUGUAACAAGUGAAUAUAUCAAGAAUAGAUUGUCGCAAGAAGUUUUGAAGGAUGUGGCGGAAUAGAAAAGCUUGACAGUGAAUUUUCUUGUAAACACUAAAUUGCAUUUCUUAAAAAUCUAAAAAAAAAAUUCAUGUAUUAUUAAAUAAGUUUUCUUCAAAUAAAAACGAAAAGGGUUUCGUAUGUUACGUGCGAUGUAACUGGAGAGAAGAACUUGUGUAGUUUUCUAUUUGUUUUGUAGAUGAUCGAUUAACUCUCAUAGUAAUGACACUGGAGCACGGUAUAUCGUAAUGCUUAUCACUACAUACAAAAUAUGCCAAAAUCGUACGCCCUGAAUUAUCACGUGUUAAGUGUCUUAAACGUGUAAUACUAUUAAUUAUUUCUUUAUGUUUUCUUCGUCUUUUAUGCAAAUGGAUCUAUUAACAAAUAAAACAUCGACUAGAAUUGUAGGUAAUCGCUUAGCCAAGAUUAUGUCCAUGUCUCAGUCUAAGUCGAAAACUAAAUUCAAGUUCAAGUUGAGGUCCAAUUCCAAGCCCAAAAGCAAACCCACGCCCGAACCCAAGUGCAAGCUCAAUCCCAAACUCAGAGAAAUUGAUUCGUUUCAGUCAUUAUCGUGAAAUUUUUAUCACUAAAA